AGCGCCCAGCCCCUCCUGCGCGGAGGCGGCGCGUCCGGCUCGGUCCCUGGGUGAAGCGGGCGGGCGAGCGAGAGCCGCUCGGCGCUGGUCCGGCGGCCCGGGGGCGAACCGGCGCUCGGUCCUGCCGGCCGAGGGCUGGGCGAGGCCCGGCGUGAGGCGGGUGCGGGGCCCGCCUCUCCCGCCGGCGGCGAGCCCGUCCCCUCGCAGCCCCUCCGCCUCCACGCGGAACGGUACCUCUCCCGCUGAAACAGCGGUUUUCCUUGUACCUUUUCCUGCUGUUUCUCACGCGAGAGAAUUCGUCAUUUGAGUUCACAGGCCGCGUCGGAGUCUCAAGACAGAAGCUACUCGGUGCUUCCCGAAAAUGGCAGGGAGAAAAGUCCUGAUAGUCUAUGCACAUCAAGAGCCCAAGUCCUUGAACGGAUCUUUGAAGAGGGUUGCUGUGGAAGAACUGAGCAAGCAGGGCUGCAGUGUAACAGUGUCUGAUUUAUAUGCAAUGCAGUUCGAGCCAAGAGCAACAAGAAAUGACAUUGUUGGUUGCUUGCACAACCCAGAAGAGUUCAAUUAUGGUGUGGAGACAUGGGAAGCUUACAAGAGAGGAGAUUUGUCCAAUGAUCUGAUUGAAGAGCAAAAGAAGGUGCAGGAAGCAGACUUAAUGAUUUUUCAGUUUCCCUUGUAUUGGUUCAGCAUGCCAGCAAUCAUGAAGGGCUGGAUGGACAGAGUCUUGGUCCAAGGAUUUGCUCACGACUUUCCAAAGUGUUACGAUUCUGGUUUGCUCAAGAACAAAUUAGCCCUGUUUUCUUUCACCACUGGAGGAAGCAGAGAGAUGUAUGCAAAAGGAGGUAUCAGUGGUGAUAUUCGCUACCUCCUGUGGCCCAUCCAGCAUGGAAUCAUGCACUUUUGUGGUGUCAAAGUCCUUGCACCUCACAUCUGCUUUGCUCCGGAGUAUGUGUCUGAGGAGAAGAGGAAGGAGAUGCUGAUUGCCUGGGCCCAGCGUCUGAAGACUCUUUGGAAGGAAGAACCCAUAAACUGCUCUCCUGAGUGGUAUUUCAAGUAAUGUUCACGUACAAGACUACAGAGAGAAGACUUUUUUUUUCCUCCAUUCUUUUUGGUGCUUUAUCUCAACAUCUGAAUGCUAAUCUCCUAAUUCGAAUGUAUUAUAAGUAUCUUGAGUACUACACCUAGCAGCUUAACUGAAAAUAAUAACAUUUAUCUUCAUUGAUUCUUGAGGGAUUCUCUUCAAUGAUCGGUGCAAAACCCUUUGUGAAGAAUUAUCCUUGCUCAUAUAAACAGUGACAUCCUGCCUACAAGUGGUUAAUAACACAAGCAGUAUUUAGUUGCAGAUUAUACCAUUGCUGCUUAUGAAACAGUAAAGUACAUUGUCAGGUUUUUUUUAACAGUUUUUGUACCAGCUGCCACUUUUUUUUGUUUGCCAGGGAAUAUGCUGACCAUACUCAACCUUGUUAUUGCCAAUCCUGUUCUUUUAAAUGAGAGCUCUACACUUGUGCCUUUGAGCUAUGAAGCCAGAUCAUGAAUAACGCAAAAGGCUGUACAGUUGCACACUGACUUAGACAACUGGAAAGCCUUGUGGACAGCCUUAGGCUUUUCCACAUAUUUACAAAGCAAUAUUAAAGCUAUGACAGACACCAGAAGAGGAGAAAAACCAAAUACAAAUAUCAUAUAGGAGUAUGUGCAUGUAUUGCCUUCCUUUAUAAAAUGUAUCUCCCGUUUGUAAAGUAUGUAGUUUCCUAAAAUCAAAGGCAGUUCUGUAUUUUUGUUACCCUAAGUAACGACAAAAAGGAAUCCAAUCUGUUCCCUGCCCUUUCACACCACUCCGUAUUGCUGUUUGGGUAUGGAGGGCUGGGUGCAUCCCCUCCGGCAUCAGUGUAGGUGGGCUUCCUUGGCGAUCUCCAGCACUGGCAGUUGGUGAGGCAGAACACCUACCCUAAAACCUGCAGGAGCACUGUCUGUCUAUGAGCCAGGAUCUAGUAGGACAAAAUGACUGUCUGGCUCUUAACAUCCGUGAUUUUUACCUUGAACUUUAGUGGGAUUAUUUUUGUGUUUGAAAGCUGUUAACCCAUUUUGUGCAUAUGGCAAAGGGUGGGUUUCUCUCUUAGCUACACAAUUUCUUGCUUUAAUCAGCUUACCUAACAGCUGGCUUUGCACUUUGAUAUUAAAAUAACAUGGCCCAAAUAAGAAACGGUCUUCUAAGUCACUGACAAAUGACACUUAGGCCUCUGCACAGAGAGCACGUGUCUGCCAUACAUUCUUUGUAGCAGCCUUGUCAUGCCCCACCCUUAUGUUUCUUUAAGGGCUAUUUGGAUAAUAAACAUGCUGAGCCCAGAUUUUGGAGUGGCAGCGUAAGCUUAUACACCAGGCUGGGAAUUGCUACCACAGGGAAAGAGUCACAUGUUCCUGUUUGUCACUGUAUGAAGUCAAGGUCUAUCUCUAGCAGAGACAGACCCCUGAAAGCAGUGCUGCCCUAAGUUGUUGCAGACGUCUGCUUCAGUGCAUAUGAGUCAAAGUCUUUAGGUUACACAACGAAGAAAUUUGCUUUCGCUCAGUAACUCUGGUAUAGGAAAAAGAAAGUGAAAGAGAAUAAAACGGAAAAUAUUAUACAGAGAAGUUGUGGGAAAAGCAGAUUCUUGCCUAAAAGACCUAAGGAAAACAACUUUAAGUUACCUGAAGAGAGAUUGAAGGACAAAUGCAAAUAUUAAAAUUGGAUGGGAGAGGAAUUAUCCUUAUGUUCACUGCGUUCAGUUACCAGAUUAUUCAAGAAGGAAGGAAAUGGAUAUGAAACCACAAGUUGCAACUGUCAAACCAAAUGUUACUGUGCUGGAUCAAUUGCAGAGCUUAGUGGGUUUAACUGUUAGAUGAAGAAUCUCAGACUGACCUAUGUGAUGAACAUACACUUCUUUACACUAUUUGGCAGAUGCAUGCCAGCUCCCAUACACAUGGUAGCAUUAAGUGCCUAUAUUAGACUGGAUAUUUGUAAUGUAAGUAUACAAGAGUGGCUGUGCUGGGUCAGAACAAGGAUCCUCCAACCCCAAGUUUUUUCUCCACAGUGUUUAUAGGCCAGGAAGAGCAAGCACUUCCCCUGAACACUGUCCUGGGCUUCAACCAUACUUAGUGUGGGGGAUUUCCUGAGCUAUACAUGUUUUCUCUAUAUUUACCAAGCCAAAUAGAUCUCUGCUCUGAAUUUUGUUCAGUCUUCUCUUAAAUUCAUGCCAACUUGAAGCAGCCAAUACUUUUUGGCAAAGUUCAGCAGGUCAGCUUUUCCUUGCAUGAAGCAUUGGAGUGGGGAGUGAUCCCAGGGAGAGUGAAGCACCUGGUUCCCAGUAGCUUCGUUUGAUUCCUCCCAGUCAACAGUAAAUGAUCAGUCCCAUCCACCCUUUUACAUGGUGCUUACAGUUUUGUAGAUGUGUGUCACCUCCUCACCUAAAUAAUCUCCUUCCCAGGCCAUGGAGUCCUGCCCUGCUCAGUUGUUCUUUCAAAGGAAGGCAUUGGCCUUUGGUCACUCUUGUUGCUCUUCUCUGAACUCCUCCAGUCUCACUAUCCCAUUACUGAGAGGAGCAGACCAGCAGUGCAUGUGGAGUCAACUCCAUGACUUUUGGAUUCAUAUGACUUUCUCUGCUCCUUUCCUAAUAAUUUCUGACAUAUGAUUUGCUUUAGCUAAUGUUUUUUCUGUUGUAACCCUAGAUCUUGGCCAUCAGUGGUAAUGGUCAGCUCAGGGGCCAUUAUUUUAUGCAUGAAUUGUAGGAUAAUUCUUUUUCCACAUGCGCACCCCUUUACAUAACUUGAAUUUCACUUCCUGUCUCAUUGCCCAGUCACUCAACCAUUUUUCCAGAGCUCUUCACAAUCUGCUUUCCUUGUCCCCCCUCUUCUAAGUAAUCUGUAUCAUCAGCAAACUUUCUCAACCUCACUGCUCAUAUCCCUUUCCAGAUCAUUUUCAACAGCUCAGAUCCCUGCACUUGUAACCUCCCUCUGUUCUGAAAGCUAAUCAUUUACUGUUGCCCAAUUUGUCCUAUCUUUUAAACACAUCUCCAUGCCAUGACCUUCUUUCUUAUCCCCUACCUGCUUAGUUUCCUUUAAAAAAAAAAAUUGAUACAAGACUUUGUCAAAAGCCUCUUGGAAACACAAGUAAACUGUAUCAGCUGGAUCACCAUUCUGCAUAUGCUUUAACUCCUCCUAAAGUAAUUCUUCAGGUAUAUCAUUCCAAUCUGAAAGCCACUGUACAAGGGGGUAUACGAUAAGGGGGAAACUGAGAACCACUAUUCAACUGUAACUUUCCGCAAUCAAUCUCUGUCCUCAUGUGUGUAGUCUGUUCUCAUACAGAAAUGUUCCAUGUGCCUCAUAAUUCUUGUCACUUUCCUUUAUUUCAUGUCUGGCUCUCCUGUAUGUGUUCAGAGAAGAGGUAAUCAGAGCUGUGAGCUGUAUCUCGGCUGUGGACACAUAACAGAUUAAACCACAUUUGCUGAAGGGUACUGCUCUUGCAGUGCUUUGGAAGCCAGUCAACUGUGCAGUGAUAGGGGGUGCUGAGCCAAGAGUUAAUGUCCUUAUCCUGGCACGCUUUCAGUGCCUGCUAUACAGCACACUAUACAGGGGCACACCUAUGUUCUGGCACAUGCCUUUCAAAAACUCAAGGGAGAAUUUUACUGUGUAGAAAACCAAUAGAGUGGUCUGUGGUUAACAAGGAGAGAGAAAGGAAGUGGCAGUAUCAGUUUCCUAGUAGUACUGGAAAUGUUACAGACAUUUUGAUCUGAAGAAUGCUUGCCCUGCUAAAUCACAUUAUGCUAAAAGUCAAAUGUAGUCCUGUCAAAACAGCAUUGAUUUCAUCAGAAUAAAGCUAGAAUUAGGUGAGUAACCUGUAGCUGCAUUUCAGGCUGGGGGAGAAGACUAUAACAGCAACAUACUUUCCUCUUCCAUUUAGUCUGGGGAUUUGGGUUUUUGUUGCUGGUGGUCGUCUUCUCCCACGUACUUUCAGGCAACUUUCUGGUCUUUUUCUCUACUUGUUCCAAAAAUCAUAACUGAAUUUCUUUUAUUUGAUGUUCUGAUAUGGCAGGUGAAACAUGCUUGCAACUUCAGAAAAACACAAGGAAACAAAUAGAUCCCCAUCUGAACUAUGUUAUCAAGAAGCCUCAUAGCUUAGAGAAACCAAGACUGAUUUCUUGUGGUAAGGUGCUUUCAAUCCAGGUUUCAAGAAAAAUUAAAAUUUAAAGGCGAGUGUGGAUAGUUCUUUCUUUGGUUUAAUAUUUGAUUCUUGGAACAAUGUUAAUGUCACUGUGAGAUUAGCUGCCUGCUUGCAGGGGAAUGUACUUUGCAAUAGACAAGUUAUCAAAAGGUUGUGCUGAAGAGAGGAACAGCCAAUAACAAAUACCAUGUAUAAUUCA